UUCCGGCGCUCGCCUGCGCCUGGAGUGCGGCGGAGCGGGGCAAAGUUUUCAUUUCUGUGGUUCACGGCGACGUUUCUCUCCCCCAGGCGCGGGCGGGGGUUGCGUGAGCCCGCUCCGCCCGGCGCGGACCCUCCUGUAUCCUCGCCGUCCCUGCUGGAGCAGCGGCGAGGGGCUCUCGGCGAUGGCUUCGUGGGGCGUGGAGGCGGCGGCACGGCGGGUGGCGGAGCUGGAGGAGGAGCUGCGGGGUCUGGCGGAGGAGCCGAGCAGCUGCCAGGCUGAUAAAGAAUUUGUGUGGUCUCUGUGGAAACACCUGCAAGUGUCAAGUCCAGAUCUUAUGCGAACUGUCGGCUUGGUUGUGGAAAGAGAAAAACAGAAAGCUGGAGUCAAGGACAGAAGAGUUUUAGAGCUUUUAGAAGCCAAAGACAGCAAAAUAGAAACACUAGAACAGAAACAAAAGGAGAAGGUGGAAGGAGAGGAGAAGUUAAAGAGUGUGAGACUCACAGGACAGCACGAGGAGAUAAACAACUUAAUGCAGAGAAAAAAUGCUGUGGAGGAGGAAAAUGCCUGUCUGAAGAAUGAAUUCAGUACCUUGAACCAGAAAUUUAAAGAUAAAAGCCGAGAACUUAAGGACACUGAGGAGUGUGCACAGAAGAAGGAAGAGCAAAACAGACUGGUUAUAAAAAAGCUGGAGGAGGAAAAUAAGGGAUUAAAUACAUGCUGUGCUGACCUACUAAGUGACCUGGAGAAACUGAGGAAGCAGGAGGCACAAUGGAAAAUGGAAAAAUCUGGCAGCGAUGCCAUAAUAAAGAAUUUGAAAACUGAUUUAGCAGAGGCAAGAGAACAAAUAAAAGAGUUACGCAGUAUAUGCAGUAACUUGUCAUCUCAUGUAGCUGUGAAACAGGAAGAACUCUUCCAAAAGAAUUGUGAUGUGAUCAAAGCUAAGAAGGAGUUACAGGAGCUGCAGAAUCUUUGUGGACAAAACACUGACUAUACAGCACAGCAGGCUGAGCUGAUAAAGCAGGUUCAGGCUCUCAAUGCUAAUACACAAAAAGUAAUGAAAGACCAAGAAGAUGCUCACACAGCUGAAAUAACAUUAUAUCAAAAACUUUAUAACGAGUUGAGUUUAUGUUUUGAAACUGUUAAAACAAGUGAAAUUCAACUGCAGCAGAGCUGUGCCUCUCUUCAGGAUCACUUACUUGAAAAAGAUAAAACAAUUUGUCUGUUGCAAGUCCAACUUCAGGAAGCACAUAAUGCUUCUAAUGCAUUACAUCAGAAUUCUUCUCCAAAAUAUCAGGUGCAGGAACCACCUGUGAAACGUUCAAGGUCUCUGUCCCCAAAGAGCUCUUUUAGAGAGUCAGAGGAGCUAAGGAAGCUUAAAAUAGCUGAAAGGAAGAUUGAAAACUUAGAGAAUACGCUACAGCUAAAGACUCGAGAAACUGAUGAGCUAAGAGCAGCCUAUGAAAAACACAAAGAAAGGCUGCAGAUGUUACAAACCAACUACAGAGCACUAAAAGAACAAUUAAAGCAGUGGGAAGAGGGUGAUACCAGACUUGAAAAUAGUAAAAGCAGAUACCAGCAUGCAGACUCCUGUCAGCUUCGUCAAGAGGAUCCUGACAUGGUGUGGAAUGAACUGGCUUUUUUCAAAAGGGAACACAAAAAGCUGUUGAUUGAAAAACUGAAUCUUGAAGAAGAAUUGGAUCAAAUGAAAAUACACCAAUCUGUGGAGCCACUUUUUAAACUUAGUGAAGAUGAUGGGAUCAAAAAUAAUACUCUGGUGGGGAAUAUGAGAGAAGUUUCACAUCAAAUGUUACAGAAGAUGCAACAGCUAGAAAGAAGAUUCAGUGCUAUUGAAGGGGAAUUAAGGAAACAGAAAGAAGUAAAUAAAGACUUAUUGAAUCAGAAAAUUUAUUUGAGAGAAUCUUUAAAAGUACAAAAGGAAGAUGCAGACACAACAGAAAGAGAGCUGGAAAUGCUACUUAAGAGGAUUUGUGAAAUAAAAAAAGAAAAAUCAGAACUUCAGUUAGUGAUUGAUGAGAAGGAAAAAGAAGCUGCCUCUUUGAAGAGGCAAGUGGCAGAAGCUAACAGGUUGAGAAAUGAAAGUGAAGAUUUGCUGAGUCAAGUGCAAGAGCCGAAAUGCUUGCCGGAUAAAGCCAAAGCAGUGACAACCUCCGGGCAAUGUAAUUGCAAGAUAACAGGCACCAAGGUUAAAUUAAAAACAGCCAAGGAAAAGAGCUCUUUGGGACAUCAUGGAGCUUUUCUCAAACAGUCCAUCAAGGUUAUGAGUAAUGUAUUUGAGAAGUUCAGUAAGGACGGCUGGGAGGAUGUGAAUGAAAGCAGUGACUCUGAGAUACCAAAUUCUGAAAGUUUGGAAACGGUGAUUAUGAAGACAGUGCAAAACAUUGAUCCACUGCCAGACAGAAGUAAACAACAAGAAAAAAAGUCCUGCAACACUGUUCAUUUAGAAGGCAAAAACGAGCAAUAUAACCAAAAGUGCCAUUCACAGAAUAAAGACUUAGAAAAGUUACAUUCCAAGAGGAGGAAGAUCUGCUAUCUUGUAACAUCACAUCCAUCGAUUCUAAGCAAAGUGAACAGAGCAAAAAGGAGAAAUAUGACCGUCCAGAAACCAGGCUACUCUGUUACUCUACUGCAGGAAAGAAUUAAGUCAUUGCAGAAGCAGAUAGCUGUUUUACAGAAUGAAAAAAAGACUGCAGUGACUUCUGUGAAGGAGAUGAAAGAAACCAAUGAAAAACUAACAAAUCAGCUACAUUUGGCUAAUCAGAAACUUCAAACUAGUAAACUGACCAUAGAGAUGUUGACCUCCAACCUGGCCAAGUGGCAACAGGAGAAGGAAGACUUACAAGGAAAAUUAAAGUUGAGAGAACACCUGUCUCAAACUGCUGGCAAGAGUAAAGCCACACCAGCUCCUUCAAAGAACAUUGAUUUAGAGAUGAAACAGCUGCAGUACAAACUAAAGAAUUCGAAUAAUGAAAUCACUAAGCAAUCGACCACCAUUAAGUCCCUAAAAAACGAAGUUCAGGAAAAAGAAGAACGGAUUCGGGAACUACAAGCAAAAAUUUCUCGAUUGGAGAGGGACUUUACUAUGAAAAGACAUUUGAUAGAAGACCUAAAGUCUCAUCUGAAAGCAAGUAAAGAAAAUGAGAAAACCUCAAAUGAAACAUUGGAAAGUCUUGAGAGAAAGGUAAAGGCACUGGCUGAAGACUGUUCAGGCAAAAAAACUUCCAUUGACUCACUGAAACAAAGACUUAAUGUAGCUACGAAAGAGAAGUCUCAGUAUGAGCAGAUGUAUCACAAGGCUAAAGAUGAGUUGGAGAAAAAGGAUCUCAAGCUUACCAAACUAGAGAGCAAAAUCAUUGAGACUGAAUGUGCUAUGACUGAACUUGAGACUGCUACAUCUGAUCAACUACACAGCUUGGCUAAACAGAGUGCAGAGGCUUUGGAAACAGUACAGAAGAAGUUGCUGCUCACAAGUGACAAAGUAGAAGAAUUCAAGACAUUUGUAAAGACUCUCAGCAGAGAGUUACAGCACAGCAUACAAGAGCUGAGAACAAAAAUCAAAAAGGCAAAAAGAGUGGGCAAGAUGAAAGCAUGUAAAAACAUUCUUUCCCAAGAGUCUGUUCAGUUGGCAGCAUCUAUCCUUAAUGUUUCAACAACUGAUCUUGAGGAGAUACUAGAUGUAGAAGACGAGGAGGAAACAGCAAAGACAAAAAUGGAAUUUGAAAAAGAUAAAGAAUGGCUGCAGCGUAUACAGAAACUUAUGGAAGCACAGGUCUCUACUCACUGCCUGUCCUCUGAUCACACCCACAUAUUGACCCGUGCACAAGCAGCUGCACACACUCACCACUGCAACUCAUCACCAGUUUCCUUUUGCCUCACACUUAAUGGAUGUCAUACUGGAAAAAUUAAAUGAGAAGAAGAAACUGGUAGAAGAGUACAGUUCUCUCAUGAAGCAAACUCUAUGAUAUUGCUAAGACCUAUCUUGCAAAGUGUGUCUUUCCUCUUCACAUAAAGAACUGUCAAUAUGCAUGUUCAAUACAGACAUAGAAACUAUGAACUAAUUAAUUGUUGAACAAGAAGAAUUAAUUAAAUUCCUAUUAGGAAGCAGUGUGGUAUUUGAUUCCUGAAGACAGAAGUUGCUUCAAAUCAAUGCAAAGUUCAGAAUUAUUUUUCUUUAAAUGCAUUGGCAGUGAACACUAGUGCAGGCUUUGUAGAGAGCAGAUGUCUUUGUUAUGACUAAUAUAUAUCUGUACAAUUUUGAAAGCACAAAAUGCACCUAAGUAACACCUGGUUGUACUAAUCAGAACAGUAGAAGUAGGAUUUACAGAGUGUCUUGGUGUAAAUGCUAAUUCAUGUAGAAAAUAGGUCUCAAAAGGAGAGAACUUCUCAGCCUACUACUUUUUUCUCAAAACUUACACAUCUUGCUUUACUGGCCCUGCAAACUGCUGUAUCUCCUGGGCAACUGGGUAUGGCGAGACGUCUUUUCUUGACCCAAGAGUAAACAAGAGCAGUGAAUGGUGCAGAACCCAAUUAUCUACUUCAUCUGAAGACAGAGAGCAAAACAAAAUCCUUAAACCCACUGAAGCCAGAUUUAUUCACAGGUGUUCCUGAAAUUAUAACACUGCUAGUCUUUCUGAAAACUUUGCUGGAAAGGUUGCCAAAUAUCUUUCAAGAUCUUUCUUAAUCUUUUAAAGGUAUUUUAAUGGUAUUUUCAUUCAACUUCUCUAAUUUGAUAAACACAAAUGAAAAUGAAAAUGAAAAUAUCAGUCAGCAUUUUUUCAGUGAAAAAACCCCCAAACAUAUAGUUUGAGAUAUUUUUGUAAGGAGAAUAAAAAGGGUGAUAUUACAAAGAGAACAAAUUUUUGCCUUUCACAAGUGUGGAAUUCUGUGUGCAAUGAACAUACUUGUUUUUACUGCUGAUUUGGUCUUUACUCCACCAGCAGAAGAGAUGGUCUCUCGAAAAUUUUUAUUUCUGUAAAAGGAUUAAAAUUAAUUA